UAUUACAGUAUGUUUACAUUUAUAAGGCUGCCUGCAGCGAAAUCGAGUUUAGUCUUUACGGAAAAUUCGAGAGUGCACGAGAUGAGAAACAAUAUGAUGUUACGGAUACUUGUCUUGAUGGUUCUCGUGGUGAUGUUUGCGACUGCUGCGCCUGUUCCAGGGGAAUCCCACCACGUUCACGUCAAAAUUCACGUACCAAAACAUUUCCACACUCACACCCACACGAUAGUGAAGAAAGUGUUUGUCCCCGUGAAAAAAGAAAUAGAGUACAAACCGAUUCACAGCGAGGAGCACAAGUACCAUGACGAGGGUGGGUCGUCAUCAUGGUGAGGAUCAAGAAAGAAGAAGGGAUCUAUUAACUCUGUUUAUAUUUUCAUAAAUUCAGCUUCCAAGUUGUAAGAAAAUUGUUACGAAAAACUCCGACCACUUGUUGAUUCAUUUAUGCACUAAUAAAGAUUCCGUAUGUAUCCAAGAAA